GUUGCCUUCUGAGUUGCUUCUGCGCAGGUUCCACCCUCAUGCCUCUUCCCUCUCCAAUUUGAACUUAAGUUUCUUACUACCCUGCUUGGGUUGGAUCUCUGAGUGCAGAGCAUGUUGUCAUUCAGGGAUGUGGCCAUUGAUUUCUCUGCAGAGGAGUGCGAAUGUCUGGACUCUGCUCAGUGGAAUCUGUACAGGGACGUGAUGCUGGAGAAUUACAGCAACCUUGUGUUCCUGGGCCUUUCUUUCUCCAAGCCAUUACUGGUCAGAUUUCUGGAGAAAAACCAAGAGCUUUGGAAUGUGAAGAGACAAAUAGCAGCUGUGCCCCGAGGAAAGAAACCCUAUAAGUGUAAAGAAUGCGGGAAAGCCUUCACCAAAAACUCAGUUCUUACUUAUCAUCUGAGAAUUCACACUGGAGAGAAACCCUACAAGUGUAACGUAUGUGGCAAGGCCUUUGCUAUGCCCUCCAUACUUAAUAACCACCAGAAAAUUCACAUCAGAGGGAAACCCUACAAGUGUGGUGUGUGUGGCAAGGCCUUUGCUAUGCCCUCCAUACUUAAUAACCACCAUAAUAUUCACACCGGAGAGAAACCCUACAAGUGUGAUAUAUGUGGCAAGGCCUUUUCUAUGCCUUCCACACUUACUAACCACCAGAAAAUUCACACUGGAGAGAAACCCUAUGAGUGUGAAGUAUGUGGUAAAAAGUUUUCCAGUCAUGCAGACUUUACAAAACACCAAAGAGUUCAUACUGGAGAGAAACCUUACAAGUGUGAAGAAUGUAAAAAACCCUUUAGUAAUCUUUCAGCCCUUAGUAGACAUAAAGUUGUUCAUACUGGAGAGAAACGUUUUCCCUGUGAAAAAUGUGGCAAAGCCUAUAGCAGGAGUCACCACCUUAGUCGACACAAGAAAGCUCACACUGGACAGAAAUCCUACAAAUGCAAAGAAUGUGGCAAAAUGUUUUACUAUUCUUCAGACCUUAAGAGACAUCACAGAAUUCAUUCUGAAGAGAGACCCUAUGAGUGUGAGGAAUGUGGCAAAGCCUUUCCCAGUCCUUCAGACGUUACUCAGCAUGCAAGAACCCAUAAGAGAAUCAAGCAGUACACCUGUGAAGCCUGCGGUGAGUGCUUUACUAUUCAAACGACAAUUUCCAACCUCCGUAAAAUUCGUCUUGAGGGAAAGCCAUCUGAGUGUGAAGGAUGUCGAAAGGGCUUUUAAAGGCUCUUUGCACCUUAAAACACGCAAAAGCGUUCAGUGUCAAACAGCCAGCCUGCGAAUGUGAAGGAUGUGGCAGAUGGCUCAGGUAUCAUUCAGUUGUUGCUCAACCUCACACAGUUCACACCUGAGAGAAACCCGGCACGCGUGCAGAAAAGGACCAGAGUUUAGCUAUUGCUCAUGUCUAUAUA